AUGAUCAAUCCUGCUGGUAUCGUUGUAUUUUCACUGUCUGGCUUCAAUGCAACAGUCAACUACAGGGCAACACUUUUCUCUCUCACUUUAUUGUCUUAUUGUGCUAUUCUGAUGGUAAAUGUGUCUCUCAUUCUAAUCAUAGCACUGGAUCGAAAUCUACAUGAACCCAUGUAUAUUUGUUUGUGUUCUUUGUGCAUCAAUGGGAUCUAUGGGACGACAUGCUUUUAUCCAAAGUUUGCCUUUGAUCUUCUGUCUGAUAUUCAGGUGAUAUCGUAUGCGGGAUGCCUUCUGCAGAUCUUUGUGAUAUACUCCUUUGCAAAAAUUGAUUUCUCUAUUUUAGCUCUGAUGGCCUAUGACCGAUAUGUGGCCAUAUGUCUGCCACUGAAGUAUCACUACUACAUGUCUGUGCGGAGGACUGCUUUGUUAGUGUGUGUGUCCUGGCUCAUUCCUCUCUCCUGUGACAUAAUGAUUGUAGCUAUGUCAUCCACACUGAGACUGUGUGGCUCUCACAUACAAAAACUCUACUGUGAGAAUUGGGCUAUUGUCAAACUUGCUUGCAGUUCAACGUCGUCGAACGAUAUUGUCGGACUGAUUGUGAUUGCUGUCUAUAUAGGGCACGUCCUCUUCAUCUUAAAUUCAUAUGUGCAGGUGGUGAGGUCGGCUUUAAAAUCCAAAGAGAGCGUGAGGAAGUUUACGCAGACAUGUGUGCCACAUCUGUUGUGUUUGCUUAAUGUCACUGCUGCUUUACUUUUUGACACCAUGUACUCGAGGUAUGGAUCAUCGUCUGUGCCGCAGAGUCUAAAGAACUUUAUGGCCAUACAGUUUCUCAUGAUCCCCCCUCUACUCAACCCUAUUAUCUAUGGGCUGAUCCUGACUAAAGUUAGAAAGAGAUUCAUAUCUUUGUGCAUGAUGGCAGGUCAAAGACUUAAACUGAGACUGAAGGUUUGA